CGCUUUUUAACACUGAUACUUGAUAAGACGUGUUAUUUAUUUACAAAAAUUUAUUAAGUACAAAUUUACAAUGUCUGAGGAAAAUAGUCAAGGCAGAGAAUACACUUUGGAGGCCGAUUCCGAGUUGCGUUUUGAAAUCGAACAAAAAGAUGCCAAAGUUCUUGUCACGCUGCUUAGCGGUUUUGCAGAACUUUUUGGCACCGAAUUGGUAAAGAAAAAGAAAUAUGAAUUUGGCGUGGGUGCAAAAGUGGCCAUAUUCACCUACCAAGGCUGCGUGUUGCUCGUCUCUGGCAAAAUGGACGUGUGCUACAUGUCCAAGGAGACGCCAAUGGUUCAGUAUGUCAAUUGUCAUGCAGCCUUGGAGCAAUUUCGCAAUGAGGCCGAGGAACGCGAUGGACGCGGACCAGUUGUCAUGAUUGUUGGUCCCAUGGAUGUGGGCAAGAGUACACUGUGUCGCAUACUAUUGAACUAUGCGGUGCGCGUGGGACGACGACCGCUUUACGCUGAUCUUGAUGUGGGACAGGGAGCUAUAUCGAUUUCUGGGAACAUAGCUACCAUACUGAUUGAACGGCCUGCCAGCAUUGAGGAAGGAUUCGCCAAGACUGCACCACUGGUCUAUCAUUUUGGUCACAAAAGUCCGGGAGGCAACAGUGUGCUGUACAAUGCUGUUGUAUCCAAAAUGGCAGAUGUAACCUUACAGUCAAUGGAUGCGAAUAAGCGCACCAAAAGUUCCGGCAUCAUUGUCAAUACCUGCGGAUGGGUAAAGGACUCUGGUUAUAAGCAUUUGUUGCACGCAGCGCGCGCUUAUCGCGCUCGUGCCAUCUUCGUUUUGGACCAGGAGCGCUUGUACAAUGAUUUAUUGCGUGAUGUUCCAAGCAACGUUCAUGUGGUGUUGUUGCCUAAAAGCGGUGGUGUUGUUGAGCGUAGCAAGGGGCUGCGACAUGAAUCUCGGGAGCAGCGGAUUAAGGAAUACUUUUAUGGCAAUCUUCGUACGCCGUUCUAUCCCUUUUCGUUUGAGGUUAAGUUUCAGGACUUGCGAUUGUUCAAAAUUGGCGCUCCUCCGCUACCCGAUUCGUGUAUGCCAAUCGGAAUGAAGGCAGAGGAUAAUAAAACAAAGGUUGUAGCAGUAACGCCUACGCAAGCACUUUUGCAUCACAUUCUUACGCUCAGCUUUGCAGAAUCCAAUGAUGACGAUGUCAUUGGUACUAAUGUGGCCGGAUUUUGUUGUGUUACUGACGUUGACAUGGAACGACAAUCGGUUAUGUUAUUGUCGCCACAACCUCGACCGUUACCGCCAAAUUCUAUACUUUUGUGGUCAGAGUUGCAAUUUAUGGACAAUCAUGCCUAGCAAAUGCUUAGUUAAGAAUAAAUUAAGUUUUGUUUAUAGAUGUUAAUAAAUUAAAAAUAAUAAUUA